ACAUCUCUAUAAAUUUCUGUAUCCCUUCCACUUCCAUCUCUCUCGCUACCCUAGAACCUUCUUGAGACCCCUUUAAAUUCCUCACUUUCUCUCUCUAUAAUCUCUCUCUCUCUAUAUCUCUCUCUCUGAAGUCAUAUGGCUUCAGGUUCUCCUUCACAAGCCAGUCUUCUCCUUCAGAAACAACUCAAAGAUCUCAAUAGAAACCCAGUUGAUGGAUUUUCAGCAGGUUUAGUUGAUGAAAAUAACUUAUUUGAAUGGAGUGUUACAAUUAUUGGCCCCCAAGAUACUCUAUAUGAAGGGGGUUUCUUUAAUGCUAUCAUGAGUUUUCCUCAAAAUUAUCCUAACAGUCCUCCAACUGUGAGAUUUACCACAGAUAUCUGGCAUCCUAAUGUUUACUCUGACGGAAAGGUUUGCAUCUCAAUUCUUCACCCGCCCGGUGAUGAUCCAAAUGGCUAUGAGCUUGCCAGUGAACGUUGGUCUCCUGUCCACACGGUGGAGAGUAUAGUUUUAAGCAUCAUAUCCAUGCUUUCGAGCCCUAACGAUGAGUCUCCUGCUAACGUUGAAGCUGCUAAGGAAUGGAGAGAAAAAAGAGAUGAAUUCAAGAAAAGGGUCAGUCGUUGUGUAAGACGGUCACAGGAAAUGUAGUAAACAUGCAUGCCAACUUGCAUUUCUGCGAUUAAGCUAAGGAAUUGGCAUCGUUCUUUUGGCUGGCUGUUUAUUUAUUGUUACAAAUGUAGAAUUUGUUCACCGUUGCAGAUUCUGUGUUGUGCCUUCUGGUUCUGGUCUUGGGGGUUUGGUCUUUUUUACAUUUUUAUUAUCUUUAUUACUUUGAAGGUUAAUUGCCAUUAAGUUAGAUUUAUUUAUAAAAGAACUUAGUUGUUGCUGAA